CAAGAAACGUAUUAUAAAGUUAAUUAAUAAAUAUAUGUCUUUCUACUAUAUGCUGCUCCGGCACUUUUUGAUAGUCAAACUCCUAACAAACGAUAUUACUAAUUAAAUGUACACGUUGUCACAAGAAGAAAAAAAAAGGGUAGAUUUUCUUUGUACACACUUUCAACAUAUAUUAAUACCCGGAGCUUCUCAGUACUUUAGAUUCCGGCUAAGUAAUCAAAUCAAGUAGCAAAAAUGGAGUGGAAUUGGUACCAAUUCGUAUGGUGCAUUAUUAGCUGUUUGAUCCCAGCAAUACUCUUCAACCGCCGCCGCCUCAGCCGUCAAAAGUCAAACAACAAGCGGCUGCCACCAGGACCGCCGGGAUGGCCAGUGUUCGGUAACAUGUUUGACCUCGGUGACAUGCCACAUAGAACCUUAGCAAGACUGAAACAAAAGUACGGUCCCGUCGUUUGGCUGAGGAUCGGAGCAAUCAACACCAUGGUGGUGCAAAGUGCCGAUGCAGCGGAGGAAUUCUUCAAGAAACACGAUGUCGUCUUUGCCGAAAGAACAGUGACGGAAGUCAUGAAAGCCCAUGAUUUCUACAAAGGUUCGGUGGCGAUAGCUCCCUACGGAGCUUUCUGGCGCGUGAUGAAACGCAUCAUGACCGUGGAGAUGCUGGUUCAGAAGAAAAUUAACGAAACCGCCCAUGUCCGGCGCAGAUGCAUUGACCACAUGUUGACCUGGAUCGCCACAGAGGCUGACGCCCCAUCAUCAUCAACAGGAAUUCAAGUGGCAAGGUUUGUGUUCCUUGCAUCGUUCAACAUGCUUGGAAAUCUGAUGCUUUCCCGGGAUUUAGCCGAUCCGAACUCGGAGGAGGGAUCGGAAUUUUUUGCGGCCAUGGUGAGCUUGAUGGAGUGGGCUGGUCAUCCCAACGUCGUUGACUUGUUCCCCUGGCUCAAGUGGCUUGACCCACAAGGACUCAGGAAGAAAUCCGAUAGGGACAUGGGGAAAACCAUGCAGAUCGUCUCCAAAUAUGUAAAGGAGCGAGUUGAGGAGCGACGUCGACGACAGGGUAAUCAGGGUGGCCAAGAAAUAAGGAAAGAUUACUUGGAAGUAUUGCUGGAUUACGAAGGCAAUGGAAAAGAUGAGCCCGACAAAAUUUCAGAUCACGAUCUCAAUAUCAUUGUCAUGGAGGUGUUUCUGGCAGGUUCAGAAACGACGAGCGGGACAACCGAAUGGGCCAUGGUUGAGCUCUUGAGCAAUCCAAUAGUCAUGUCUAAGCUGAAAGAUGAACUGAACGAGUUAGUCGGAGUUGCUAACAAAGUAGUAGAGAGCGACAUUGAUAAUCUCAAGUACUUGCAAGCAGUGGUGAAGGAAACACUUCGAUUACAUCCUCCAAUUCCUUUCCUAGUUCCCAGAAGAGCCACUCAAGACACUAAUUUCAUGGGUUACGACAUUCCUAAGAACACGCAAGUGUUUGUGAACGUUUCGGCUAUUGGAAGAGACCCGGAUGGUUGGGAGGAUCCGGAAUGUUUCAAGCCGGAAAGAUUUUUAGGCUCGGGGAUUGAUUUCAAGGGAAAUCACUUUGAGCUGUUACCGUUUGGUGCUGGACGAAGGAUUUGUGCGGGUAUUCCUUUAGCUCAUCGGAUGCUACAUCUUGUAUUGGCAUCUUUGGUUCACGAAUUCGAUUGGAGCGUUCAUAGUAGCGUUGCUAAUAAUGUUAGAGACACGAAGGAGAGGAUGGGUGUAGUUGUCAGGAAAAUUGAGCCCUUGAUUGCAAUUCCAACACCCAAACAAUUGGCCACUUGAAGCCAAUCUUUCAGCACAUAUUACUUUGAAAUGCUUCAUCACAAGCACUUUCAUAGCAUAUACAAUAUAGUUGAUUGAAAUAACUAACAUGUACGUUUUUAUCAUGUGUAGCAUACAAUUACAAUAUCAUGAUGAUAUCAUCAUAUGACCUUAGUUUGAAUUUAACUUAUGAUCAACCUUACUAGUGCUUUUUUUUUUUUUUUGUCUGUGUUGAUAUAUGCUAAAUUAUAAGGUAAAUAAUAAUAAAUACCAUAUCACGAAGUAGUAUAAAAGUUGCCCAAAUUCCAAUUAUGU